GCUGACAUUGUCGAUGGUUACGCUUCUACACAUCAGUGAAUGAAGAAGAAGAAGCAAAGAGCGGCCUUCAACGACAGCUCUAGCUAAGUUUUUUAGCUCAAACGAAGAUUUAAUGUCCCUCUAAUUUACUGACUGAACGGUUGUGUGGAAUAAAGACUCAUUCAUGUGCUGUCUGAUGAGAAGAUUUUAAACACGCAAGUAUGUCUGGAGUGUGUCGGGACAGAAGAAGUCGCUGGCAGGAGAUUCAGAAAGGCCUUCAGUUUAUUCAAUCAACUCUUCCGUUUCCUGGAAGCCAAGAGCAGUAUGAGGUGUUCAUAAAGGACCUUGUGUGGAACCUGUUUGGAGAAGGAAAUGAUGUAUUUCAAGAAGGGGAAUGGACAAAAUCCAUUGAGAUGUACACAGAGGCACUGAGUAUAGCAGAUUACGCCGACUCAGAAGAAAUCUGCGUCCCAACUGGUUUACUGGAAAAGCUGUAUGCAAAUCGAGCUGCUGCGUACCUCAAUAUUGUUCCAGGACUGUAUGACCAAGCUCUAGAAGACUGUGAAAAGGCUCUCCGGUUGAACGAGGGGAACUAUAGAGCACUGUACAGAAAAGCGAAAGCCUUGAAAGAAAUGGGGAGACAUCAAGAGGCCUAUAAGGCUGUUGCCAAAUGUUCGCUUGCAGUACCUCAGGAUUCCAAUGUCACACAGCUGACUCAGGACCUUGCCAAAAUUUUGGGGUUGAAAAUCCGCAAAGCUUAUGUAAGAAGUAAGCCUGCCUUGAAUGUUUUGCGCGGAUCAAGUUAUCAAGAUGCAUCAUGUGACAAAUUUUCUCAUGGGUCAGAUUCAGUUGAAGAAAUAGAAAUUGAAGUGCCUCCAUUCGCCCAGGAUAGCAGUGUUUUGUCUUCAGGUCCAGCUCCAAUCCAACCCCCAGUAGCAGUACACCCACCUCUGAAUGACUCUGCGGUUGAUGAACUUCCUUCUAGCAACAGUGUUUUAUCUGCACCCCCAUCUGAGCCACCGGGCUUCGAGUCUGUCCCCCUGCCUGUAUCUGCCUCCACAUCAGUUCCACUUUCCAUGCACUCAUUUGUAAACGGGUGCCGAACCAGCAAGCCUUGUCCGAUUCUUGAACCCAGUCAAGACUUUGACACUAACAUAAUCGGGGAUGACCUAGAUGAUCUACUCGACCAAGCUGGCUCUGAACCAGACAUGGGUAUCCCCACCAUGAAAGGCCCACUUCCUUUGCCUACCAGUAUUUCCUCUAGCAGUUCUUUGUCAAGUCCAUUCCUGAUGCCAUCUGACAUAAACCCUUAUCUACACAGCGGUUCACAGCAGUGUACUGUAACCCUGCCACCUUUAUAUAACAAAUCAGGAUCUAGUACUUUAUUUGGUAUGGACUCUUUUCACUCCUUGCCUUCACCGCUAGACUCAUUGGACAGUCUCAGCAUAUCAGACUACAAAACAGAUUUUGCUCAUAGUCCCUUCAUCCCAAAGCUCAACAAUAAAGAAGAGCCGAUGGGAAUGCCAGUGGGUAUGCCUGAAGUGAAGGACCUCCCUGCCGCUGUGGAUUUAGCGAAGAACCCCUUAGCCGAUACACAUGAAUUCAAGCAAGCUUGCUCAAUGUGCUACGUCAAAACAGGAGCUGGAUUGUUGGAUUACACUCUUCACACUGAAGAUCAUAAAUGCAAAAAGGAUGUAUUACUGGGCAGAAUGAAGCACUCAACUGACAAAACGUGGAAGCUCAUACGACCCAGACCAACAAAAACCCAAUAUGUAGGACCUUACUACAUUUGCAAAGAGGUGGCUGUUGGAAAAGAGUGCCUAUAUCCCGGCCACUGCACAUUUGCAUACUGCCAGGAAGAGAUUGAUGUUUGGACUCUAGAGCGGAAAGGAUUUAUCUCCAGAGAACUGCUUUUCGAUCCUUUUGGGCCAAACUCUAACAUCAGGCUAACUGUUCCCAAGAUUUUACAGGAGCAUCGUGGAAUAUUCAUGUUUCUUUGUGGGGUGUGCUUUGACCACAAGCCCAGAAUAAUCAGCAAAACCAACAAAGAUGACCCGUCUCUCUGCUCUCAUCCAGUGACAAAGCAUGACUUUGAGACUCAUAAGUGCCUGGUUCACAUUUUGAAGGACAAUACAGUUCGCUAUUCCAAAAUCAGACCGUUGAGUCCCCAGAGCCAGCUGGAUCUUUGCCGGCAUGAAGUGCGCUAUGGCUGUGUAAGAGAAGAUGACUGUUUCUACGCCCACAGCCUGAUUGAGCUGAAGGUCUGGAUGAUGCAACAUGAACUUGGUAUCACUCAUGAAAGUAUUGUUCAAGAGGCAAACAAAUAUUGGAACGCAACCGCUUCGUUGCAAGGAGCCCAGUUUUCCAAUGCCCAGAGAAGAUUUGGCCCUCCAAAUCUGAAGAUGAUGUUUGUUUGUGGCCAGUGCUGGAGAAAUGGCCAACUGAGUGAAGCUGACAAAAAUAAGAAGUAUUGCACAGCUAAGGCAAGACAUACGUGGGCAAAAGACAAGAGGGUUGUGCUCGUAAGCUCUCAUGAAAGGAAAAAGUGGACAACAGUAAGACCACGUCCUACCAAAAAGCCCAUCCCAUCUCAGUUUGAGAUUUGCAUGCAUGUAACAGCGGGUAAAAAGUGUCAAUACAUUGGCAACUGCACAUUUGCUCACAGUGUAGAAGAAAGAGACCUUUGGACCUACAUGAAGGAAAACAACAUUCCAGAUAUGGAUCAGCUUUAUGAGCAGUGGCUGCAGUCUCAGAAGCCUGGCUGGGGUGAAGAGAUGUCCAAUAAUUCUUUCAGGGAGAACGGCAAACAGAUACACAUGCCGACAGACUAUGCUGAAGAAGUGGCCGGCAAUCAUUGUUGGCUGUGUGGUAAAAACUGCAACAGCGAGAAACAGUGGCAGCAGCAUAUCACCUCAGAGAAACACAAAGAAAGAGUUUUCAACUCGGAGGACGAUCAGAACUGCUGGCAGUACAGGUUUCCCACAGGCACUUUCAAAGUUUGUGAGAGAUUUCUCAAAGGCACAUGUACAGAGGAUGACUCUUGUAAGCUGGCUCACGGAGAGCAGGAGCUGAAAGAAUGGAUGGAGCGCAGGGAAUUCCUUUUGAUGAAACUUGCCAAGGCCAGAAAAGACCAUCUUAUAGCACCAAAUGACAAUGACUUUGGAAAAUACAGUUUUCUGCUUAAAGACAUUAAAUAACAACAUGCUGGAAAUAUUGAUGCUCACUUGCAAAUAAGACAGUAUUCAGUCUUGAGUCAGGCCAUUCUUGAAGGCCUCUGCUGGGAACAGGAAGUAGCCUGAUCACAGCAUGAUUAUAAAGAGGGUGUUCAGGACCGUCCCUCUGAAAGGCGGCUGGUUUUCUCUGAUCCAAUCUACAGAGUGUUAACAUUAAUGGCAAAUAUUCAGUGUGCGACACCUGAAGCUUUGCUACACAUUGUUCAGUAGAACACCUAAAAACGGUCACAAAAAUAGCAUGUGUAAACCUUGAUCAGAGACAGUUUCCAAUGCUUAGUUAACCUAAAAAACUAAUUUUAUUUUCAAACAUUUGUAUAUUAAUGACCUUUUCUGUUUAAGUAUUAAAGUACUUAAACCGAGAGUUGACAUUCUUGUGGUUUAAUCAGUCAACAUAGGUCAUUGUCACUUUCCAUUUAUCUGAUAGUGUUACUGGUGUGAUGGGCACCCUACCAAAUAAAGCUAAAUUUUUUUAUCUACUGAAA